CUUCAAUAAGCGAGAGCUAUUGUCACGACCAAAGGCACCGCCGAGCCGACAAGAAUGACAUCUCUCCAGCAACUCGACACCUGACAUGGCUCUCCCCGCACACCGACCGUACGCUCUCACAUGAACGGCCGCGCCAAGCAUCUCGAAACACCAAACAUGCCGCAAGCCUUCUUCCCACCGCUGGACAAGUGUCUGGCCGGCCAACAGCGCUUGAUAUCAUGGAAGAGCGCAUAUCGAAUACUCUGCGAUCCAGAGAAGGCUGUGGAUCAAGGAGCGCUUGAAGCCUUCCUGACCGACGCCGAGAGUGUCAAGUAUCUCACCUCUGCCCUCUCACCAUUCCUUCCUCCAUCGCAGAAGAGCAAAGGCGAAUUCGAAACAAAGACGGCUCCGAUCAAUGUCGCCCAGUCUACCAACGGAGAUUACAAUCUGGAAGAGUUGAAGAAGGAUGCGCUAUGGCUCUCAGAUCAACUGAAGGUGGACGAGCUCGUUGCGCUAAGAUUGGUGAUCUUGGAGUGGCAGUCACGGGCAGAAGACUCGCUUCAGAAAGACGACGGCGGGAAGGCUGACACUCUUGUCCCGGCAUCUUCUCGUUUGGGCGCGAGUUUGUUCGCGUCUACUAUGAGAAGCACUGUUCCGAGCUCGGAUCCCGGCGCAGAGGAGACAAGGCAUACGAGAGAAAUGCGAUUAUAUCUGGAGGAGAAGAGCUACCUUCUGCAGACCAGCACACUUCUCGUCGAGCGAUUUGGGGUUCGGAAUCGCGAUGCGAAGACGGGUACAACUUGGCUUGACAGCCUGUCUGAGAAGGUUGCGCAAGAGCACAGCUCCGUUCAAAGUGCUGCGGAUAACAGCAUCUUCUUCACAGCUUGCAUCGAGGCCGUGAAUGGACUGGUCGAGGAAUUGAGCGAUGCUUCCAGAUGGCCGCAAUCCUUCCAGCAAGACGACGACUUGCAGCUGUUGUUCGGUACCUCAACUGUUCGAAACCUUGUAACCACACUCCGACUCCUCCUUGCAAGACUUCACGUGCUCGAUGGCGUGCUGAGCCACACUGCCGUCUCAUCCUGGUUCAAGCUGAUGGGUCGCGUCAACUUCUUCCAAGAUUUGGCCCCAUCAGCAGCCGCACCUGACCCUUCAUCACUACAGUGCCUGGUGUCCGCCAUCUCCCUCGCGAUACUCCGACUUCCCCAGACGUUGAAUUCAAUACAAGAAUCUGCGCAACGACAUUCCGGCGGUGUGCAGUACCCUGAUCUACCAAAUGAUGCCUACUUUGGAAACGACGCCUGCCUUCAAGAGAUCAACAUCAUUCUUUAUCGAGCGGCGCAUGAAAAUGUCAUAAUCGCCAGCCCCGCCAUCUUUGCGUGGAGCAUCAUCACGGGCCUCAUUCGAGAUGUAGCAAAGCUGCAGCAAGGUAGACGCGAACAGCAUCGUAUCGAUGAUGGGUCGGAUGAUGGUGAGCCUAUUAGUACGCGGAGAGCUUCGAGAAGAGAUUCGAAAGACGAUCUAUCUCCAUUCGAAAAGCAAUACCACCUUCUGCAGGAUUUCGACAUGGAAACCGAGGCGAGAGACGACCCGCCGGCCUUCUUUGCUCGCUCGGCUGUUGACAGAAUGAACGUGUACGCCUUUGUCUCGCAGCUGUGUACCGCCAUCUCGGCGAUGUACAGCUCGGACCUCGACGGUGCUGUUUCGUUCGCAGCUCGUUACGCCCUCCUCGACAUGAUCCGCGAAGGCAUGGCAUUGGUUCCAUACGGCACUGAGGUCCUCGAAGCCACGCUGACAAUACUUCGGCCUGAUGUCCCUUGCCGCUCGAUACGACUUGACUAUCGGCUUGCAGACCGGUUUCUGGCGGACAGUGAGAUUCUGUGCCCACUGAUCCUGGACCAGACUCUUGCGCGGUAUCCCUACGAGCUAACGCCGAUGCUCAAACUUCUAUCGGCGCUGUCAUCGGCAGGUUUCGGGCAAACAGAAACACUACCUAUCACGGCGUCCGUAUUGGAGGGUCUGCAGACAUUGACGCUGAUGUUUCCCGAACACUUCCGUUCGUAUGCUUUGGAUCACGAAGAUGAGAACUCCAACUCGAUGCUGUUGACCGACAUCAUACCUCUGUUCGCAACAAGAAAGGCGCUAUCGCUCACCGGCACGCAAUAUGUCGGGAGAAGACUCCUCCCCUUUGGUAGCGAGAGCACCGAUGGCCAUAACGUGCUGGCCAUCCCGGCGGGCUCACCAGGCGUCAUUCUGAAGGAAUCUCGGCCGCUCAUCAUCCGCAUCGAGCAUCCGCACUCGGGACUGGAGUACCUUGGCCUCCUUCUUUCGACUCUUCUCCCGAAUAGCGAGCUGCUCGUGCCUCCCAUGGGUCGAGCUCUUGAUCGCUCAACGGCGGCGGAUAUCAUCGCGUUAAUCACCGCCCUCCUCAAAGCAUGCUUACGCCAAGACGCAGGCUUUGACGAUGCCAAACUUGUCCUUGGACGCCUGGCGUUUGCGCUCCGAAAUGAGCAAGAUAUCAUCACAAUCAUUGCGGACUCGAUGGAGACGGAGCUCCUGGCACACCUUGACCAGUCACCUCAAGAAAGCUCGCUGGAUCUCUUGAUUGCGUGUGCCGACUUCUUUGACACCUUAAUCUCGGUAUCACCGGAACGCGUGUGGUCGGCACUUGCUCGCAGCAGCCUGCUUGGAAUCAAUGGCGGGGCUAAUGCUCUUGCGGCCGUUGUAGGAGCAAGCGAGGUGACAGUGGGCCGCUUCCGAUUCUUGAAUGCCUGCGUGAGCAUCUACUCCCAUCUCAUCACCGACGCUGUCACAGGAUUGGUAAAGCGAAACGCUCCAAUCACCAAGGUCACGAAUCGUUUCGACUCUCCAGUGUCCUUUCAAGACGCCACUCCUGAGCGAACGAUGAGUACAGUUCUCAAUGCCUAUCAGACCGUCAUGACCGAUGCCUGGCAGAAUCUCGGUGAGUGGCGAUUCGCCGUGCUGGCCGAGAAAAUAGAGAUUUCGACUUGCAUCUUGCGAGCGUUUGACCUGCUACUGAAGACUACGUUCGGUCUUGAGAGUGGCGACGAAGGGAUCUCCAGCUUACUGUGCCAAUCCGCUACUACACUUUUCGACACCUUCACAUCAGGGUCUGCAACAAUGCAGCCGUUCCUGUCUGUCUUCACCGAAGGUCUACUGCUGAGCGAUGAGAAUCUACCGACGCAACAUCGGCAGUUGCUGGAGAAUCAUGUCUCCAGCGCAGCUCAACUGUUGACUACACUUCUACGGGCGACGCGGACGGUCGAUGCCACGGAAGCCGGUUUUCUAGCCUCGCAACUUCUGGGCGCCAUACCAGCGUUGGCUAUACUAUCGACCAUUGGCAACGGGCUUAAAGUGUUCCUCUACGAUCUUCUUACCGAGAUUGUGAAAGCGAUCAAUGUCAAAGAUACCGACCCCCCUUCGAUCCUGGCAGAACUUAGCACCAACCAAGCAAAGUCGUUUCUGGCCGUUGUCGCGCAAUUGGACGGACCAGUGCGUGACAUCGAGGCCGAGAGUGCAAUCUGGAACUUUCUCUCUGUCGUGCUGGGCAGCAAGCAGCAAUGGUUCGCACUCUAUCUCUUGACGGGCACUCUACCCAAGGAUCGGCUCAAAGACAGCAAGUGCGGGACCACAACCAAGAACAGAUCGCUUCUCAACCAUGCGCUGGACCAACUGUCCAGUAUAGCGACACUUGAACCCGAACGUGCUAUCGCCAUGCUCAAAUUCGUUGCUUCGGCGCAGUAUACCUGGGUCUGGGCCACCAACGAGGCUCGCUCGCACUCCGACUUCCUGAAGAAUGCCUUGGAGUGGCUGAACAAUCUUCAAAUCCCCGCCAAAUCGCUGAACACUGCAGAGGAAAUGAUGCUGGCACAUGAGCACCAGAUGGCCGCGUAUCUGUGUGAUAUCCUAGCCGUCAAUCUCUAUGCCAGCAGCGAGGUCGGCGAUAAGACACUGAUCAAGAUGCUGCCGGGCAAGCUAUCGUUCUUGACACGACAUGGCGUGGCUGUGAAUGCCUACAAACGAUCCCUGCACAAGAACCUGGCCGAAAACUUCGCAAGAAAGUUCCCGGGGUGUGACGUUGAGGACUUGGAGCGAAGUCUGGUAAAUCCGGCUCCACUGGGGAGGAAGUACUUAUACGACCUCGACCUUGCCGAUCUAGUCUUUGACCACGAGGUGGCUUGGCAUGGGUCGUCGAGAAGCAGACAACAAGGCUUCUCGGAUGAGUUUGCGAGAGCGAAUGUCAACCUGAGUCUGGUCGAAGCUCAGACGAGGUUGCUGCGGAGCUGGCGAGCGCUCGCGACGACCUUGUGUGACGGUGUCGAGCAGGAUGAGGCCUUGCAAAGCGAACUCGCCAAGACGGCCGAAGCGUGUCUGCGUAUGAAUGCAGAGGCAAAUCUGGAGCAGCCGGGCAUGGACAAAGUUGUUGAGACUCGAGCCGAAUUGGCCUUUGUCAUCACGUCCAAGCUGGUUGGCGUCAAGUCUUCUGUUGCGGGGAUGAAGGCGCUGCUCCCUUCUGCAUGGGCCCUCGUCCGAUCCUCGCCUGUGGACUACGAAGUCGCGACUGAUCCUCAAGACUUGGUAUACUACCGCACGUUACUGCGGACGCUCUAUCUGGCCAUUCAACCCCACGUGUAUGGCGCACCUGCCCGUCCCUCGUCCGCCACGCAAGAGACUAAGAUCGACUUGCUCGAUCCGACCGUGUCUGCCUGCCUCGUUCAAAUCUUCGCCAAAGUCAUUGCGCCAGGCUUUCGCGCGCUCUGUGGCAAUCUGCACAACGAUGUGGGACUUGCGGAGCCUGGAGAUUUCGCACUGCUCACCGCGCUGGUUCAAGGCAUCCUUUCCGUGCCGGGAGCUUCGGCCGUACAUCCCCAGCUAGCUGAGAUUGUGGCCAGCACAUCGAUUACCCGUGGCGCCCUCAGCUUGUACUCUUGGUCGGAUCGUCUGGCCGAAGUGACGGGACAAGAACCCGUCUACGGAGAGGUGGCCAUCCUGUUCCUACUCAGUCUCUCCACCAUCCGGUCUGUCGCGGAGCAAAUUGCACUAGAAGGGGCGCUACUCCAACUCUCCGCCGCCAACGUGUCCGACUACCUUCGCAAGCCAAAAGGCAAAGGUCCUUUCUCCGAACCUAGAAGCAUCUUCACGAUCUGGGCCGAAGGACUGUUACCGCUUUGCCUGAAUUUGCUCGACGCCGUGGGCCCACCUGUAGCAGCGGACGUUGCUGCUUUCCUGAACUCGUUCCCGCAACAACUUCAGCGAGCGAACACCGCACUCGAAAACCGGCAGCCUUCGCGGCAGGAUCCAUUCGCGGGCGUCAUUACGCUUGGCUUGAUCUCCGAGGCGCACAGUCUGUGCUUCAUCGCGCGCAUCUUGGCCGCUGAUAUUGCACGGGGUGCUGCGGAGGGGAUUGAUUCGGCGGAUGUGCCGAUGCUGGAGUACGACUAUGAGAAAGUGAAGGAGGACGCGGCGGGAUUGCUAAGGCAGAAGACUAGUUUGGCGGCGAGGGUGGUGCCGGUUGGGGUGAGAGAAGAGGCUUGGGGGACGAAUGAGCUGGGUGAGAAGAUUGAUGCAGAGAUUCAUGGAUUGUUGCGGUGCUUUGGCGAGAAGGAGGGAGAGACUUGAUCUUUGUGUCGAUUAGCGAGGCGUUGAAUAUUGCAGCGAGGCUGUUCUCGUGGUUUUGCUCGAUCAUAACGUUGCGAGGUUCACAAUGCAAUUGGGGAUCCGCG